AUGGUACACUUGUUGUUUGGAGGAACUAAAACCAAACCUCAGAGACACAAAACUUGUCGGAUCUACAUCGGCAACUUAGAUGGAACAUAUAAAUGCGACUUCGUAGCUUUGCAACAAAACAUUAUCUGCCAGAACGCCCCUUGUAAGAUCGAUGAUACUUGGAUGGAUAUAUUUGAGAAAAAAGACAUACGCUUGAGCGACACCGGUGAACGUCAAGAAUCCAUUUCACUAUUGAUUGGAGCUGAUGUUGCUGGCAAAAUAUUCACAGGUAAAGUCCUACAGAUAAAUCAAGGAAUAACAGCUUUAGAAAUUAAGCUUGAAUGGACAAUCUUGGAAGCCAACAUAUCAGAUUUAUGGAGACUCGAUGUCUUGGGCAUCACGGAUCCUGUUGAGAGUGUUACUAAAGAGGUACGUCAAGCUGAAAUAAAGACCUCAUUUCAAGAGACAACGAAAAUCGACAACGAAGGUGAUCGAUACGAAGUUCUUCUGCCGUGGAAAGAGAAUCAUCCAUCUCUACGAGAUAAUCGAGACGUAGCCGAGAAGAGACUAAAAGACGUCACAAAGAGAUUGCGACAAGAAGAUUUAUUCGACGACUACCAGGCUGUCUUUGAUAAUUGGCUCGAAGAAGUGAUUAUUGAAAGGGUACCUGUACUUGAAGUCGACCAAGAGAACUACUAUCUUCCACACAGACCUGUAGUCAAGAAAGAAAAAACUAUGAAGAUACGCCCUGUUUUCGAUGCGUCAGCAAAAGUCAAGGAAUCCCCUUCGCUUAACCAAUGCUUGGAGACUGGACCCAAUCUUAUAGAGUUUAUUCCAGCAUUGCUACAUCGAUUUCGAAAGAGGAAGAUAGGGAAAGCAGUUUAUGAGAAACUGGCAAAAUCCUUUUAUGUCGAUGACUGUGUUACUAGUGUCAAUUCUUAUUCUGAUUUUGAAGUUUUCAGGAGAGAAGCCUGUUCCCUUUUGACUCAAGCCAGAUUUGAUUUAAGAGAUUGGAAAUACACUGGCAAGGAUCCCAAGAGUCAAUCAACGGUGCUUGGACUUAUAUGGGACACCAAGAGGGAUAUUUUAAUAUGUCCCGUGGUGUUGGACUCAACUCAUUUAUUGACGUUGAAAAUUAUCUUUCAUAUUCAUCUGAAACUUAAUCAUGCUGGUAUUGACAUUGUGAUGAAUAGUUUACGCGAAAAGUUUUUUCCUGCAAUGUCGUCGUACGAUAGAGUGAGAGAUGUCGCAGCGUUUGAAGUGAUAGGUAUCGAUUACGCUGGACCACUCUUUUUGAGCGGUGGACAAAAGGCAUACAUGUUUACUUGUGCAGUCUACCGUGAAGUCCACUUGGAGUUGGUCACAUCUGUAUCAACAGAGGAAUUUCUGGAGGCCUUCAGAAGAUUCAUUGCACGUCGAGGAAGACCUACUGUAGUAUAUAGCGACAAUGGGAAAAAUUUUGUAGGGGCCAGGAAUCUAUUACAGAAGAUUAAUUGGCGGAAAGUUUUCCAAUAUUGUGCACUCAAUGAGAUAACAUGGCAUUUUAAUCCACCUUCAGUUGUCUGGUGGGGAGGAUGGUGGGAGCGACUUAUCCGCCUCCUUAAAGAUCUAUUGAAGAGGACAUUAAAGAGAAUUUCGUUGAGCUACGAAGAAAUGAACACAGUUCUAUGCGAUUGCGAGGCUACUAUGAAUUUAAGACCCCUUACCUACUUGACAGAGGAAAAUACUGAAAUCACAGCGCUGACUCCAGCGAUGUUCAUCAGUGACAUUCGAGAAAAUGGCGUUCCAGACUUGGAUCAAAUUUACAAGUCCCACUUUGCAAAGAGGAUACGCUAUCGUCAAAGAUUGAAAGAAGAGUUCAGAAAACGUUUCCGUAUACAGUACUUGGGCCAGUUAUCUAGACGAACUAAACCCAGCAAUGGUUCCGCGUCCGUGGCGUCGGGGACGUUGUGCUUAUUGAAAACAAUUUACAAAAGCGAUUAGAUUGGUCGCUCGCUGUUAUUAGAGAAGUCUAUCCCGGAAAAGAUGGUUACGUGCGAGUGGAAAAACUGAAAACGAGCAAAGGUGAACUGGUUCGACCCAUUCAAAAACUAAUUCCCUUGGAAGUUGAACACUCCAAUCCUGAAGCUGAUAACUUUAUCGAGUCUACCACUACGACGUCAGAGACUACUAAGGGAAAUGCAGCUAAUCCUCGAAGAGUCUGUAGCUGUCCCUAAAGAGGAACCGAAAUCGUUGGAAGAAACGAGCUUAAAGACCCAAAGGAGUCGUAUCAUCCAGAAACCGGAUCGG